AACCGUGGGCCCCGGCCAGUUGCUCUCGAGAUGCCGUGAAGGAUAGUGACGCUCGCUGCUCGGAAACACAAGAAGCUGAUUGAUAUAUUUACGUGUUUGUGAUAAAGGAAGACGUACAAAUUACUUAAAGAAGCCAUGUGUUCAAGAAAGUGCAAGAGACAUGAUGUGAAUUAGUUUUAUACGAGGAAAUAGGAAAUAAUGACACUGGUGAAUAAAUUGUGUGUAUGUAUGAGGAACAGGAAAAGACAUGGGUUUACAAAGUGUGUUCAUGAGCCUGGAAUAAAGAUGUAAUGAGAGAUACAGUUAUUAUCUCUGUGUUCAUCUGAGACAUUAAGAGUAAGAAACAGGUUCAUGAGGAGGAAAAAGUUGUUUUGGUCGCCUGAGGAUGGUGACGUCGGAGAUUAAAAAGGUUAUCGCCUCCUACAGUCUCUAGUGAAGGAUUUAAGGGCUUCAACGGGUUACUUCCUAGCAAGAUGUUCCCACGAUUAGCUAAGUUCCCCCGCCGUAUUAUCCUCACCUGUGUGUACAUGUACUGUCUUCUGUUUAUCCAUCGCCUCAAUGACGUCCACGAGGAAUCCAAGGCUCUUAAGGUAGCCCAUCUUAAAACUAUACACGCCCGCGCCGCCCAAGUAGAAGCUGGGUGUGCUUCUUUCCCACCCAGUCUGACCAAACUACAACAACAUGCCAACGACGCCGCCAAAGUCAGCCCUAAUCUAGCCGCUCACUACACGGGUCUUCAUCUUAAAGCUGCCCUUAAGAAUAUUAUCUACAUAAAAAAGCAUAACAUAUCCUGGUGCCUCGUGCCCAAGGUAGCGUCGACGUCGUGGGCCCAGGCUUUACUGGCACUGAGAGGUCAACUUGGAAACGAAUACAGUGACCCUCCACUCCAGGUCGUUCUCAGAGAAGCAUUCAAGAUGAUUGAUCCAACACGGGUGAAUCAGACCAUUAACUCUUCUCUCAAGUUCCUCUUUGUGAGACAUCCGUUCCAGCGCCUCGUGUCCGCCUACAGGAAUAAGCUGGAAGACUCGUACACGGAACAAGAUGGCUCCUACUUUUAUAAGAAUUACGGUAGAAGCAUCGUUCAGAAGUUCAGGAAGAGCCGUAAAAAGAUAACAGUCGCCACGAAGCUCACACCGGUUGGAGGAAAGAAUCAAGGAGACCAGAAUAAUGAUAACGAAAUAUUAGACGCAGAGAAUGUCAUGAAAACGGAGGAGGAAGAAGAAUAUGUGGAAUUUAAGAGAGAACCAUCUUUUGAGGAAUACGUCGACUAUCUCAUCAACACAGACGUAGAGAGUUACGACGAGCACUGGAAACCCAUCUUCCUGCAGUGUCAAGUGUGCGACUUUCACUACGACUACAUCAUCAAGUACGAGAACUUCAAGCAGGAGAUUGACACUUUCGUGGAGAUGCUACAGGAGACUGACAGGUUGCCUCGGAGAUUCAUCCUUCAGUGGGAGAACCGCGGCGGCACGGAUGAGAAAACAACUACAGAGUACCUAAGUCAAGUGAGCCAACACAAAGUAUGGCUUCUGUACCAAAAAUACCGACAAGACUUUCUGUAUUUUGGAUACACGAUGGGAAAUUAUACCAAGUAGAAAUGUGACCACUUUAUACACAAGUACACCGUAUACUAUUUUUAUUAUACGAAUAUGCCUUUAUUAAACGCCAUUUCAAGUUAUAAAAUAUGCUUUCGUCAUUUAUGUGAUUAACUUACAACUGUGGUGGCCUCAAUAUGACGGUAUAAGUCUAUAUUUUUCACCAACUCAUCUGUUUAUACAUCCAUUCAUCAAUAUUCAUUCAGUUAUCUAUUUACAUGUCCAUUCAUCAGAUUAUUUAGCCAUUUUACCAUUUUUGUUUAUAUGUUUAACUAUUUGUACAGUACCAGGGAACGACGAUGAAAAUAUCCGCUAUUGAAAGGGUUUGCUUUAUGUUUUGUAGCUUAAUGGUGAAAUAUCAGUUACUAUGUACUGUAUAUGUCUAGUGAACUGUCUCAAUAUAUAGAUAAACAGAGAUAUCAGACUUAAACACACUUUUGAUAAUUAGUAAUGUCAAAAUUGUGUAAAAUAAAUACCAGAUCAAAAAUAAAAUUAUAAUAAUGA